UUUCGUCAGAUCGACCUUGCUUUCAUGCUUUUUAACUGAAGACAAACGCUUCUCACAUUAGUUUAUAAACAGAGUGAAUCCAUCAGGGAGAUUACAUUUAAAAAAUAAACUUGUUUCUCAAAUGGGUGCGGUUCCUUUAUAAGAUAAGAUCAUGUUUAGAAGACGGAUUCCCUUUCAUCAAAUCGCAUUUGCGACCCUGGUUGGAGUAGUUGGAGGCAUGUACGUGUACAGACCUUUUUUUGAGCUGCCCAGAAAACCUCCAUCUGCACCAAAUGAAGACCUCAAGCCCGACCCAGAGGAACAGAGAGGAGCGGAAACAACCCAACAAGAUCAUACUGCAACUGAAGAUGCAUCAGCAACCAAACACUGACCUCAAACCAGAGACUGACUAUACUGAGAGAAGAUUGUGUGUGAGAGAGUUUGAAUAUACAUGUGGUCAAAUGGUAGUUACACAUUGUACAUGGCUUCUGAAUAAAUUAGCUUAUUUGCAGAACAAGUAAAUAAGACUUAUUCUAUUCACUUUGGCGAAUCCUGUGCUAUGCUGUGUGUUUGUAUGCGAGGGAGGACCACAUGAUAUGACAGUGGGGUCCAUCUGUCUGAUGUCCAAAUGUUAUUUCAUUUAAGC